GUUGAAACCCUCAGCUUCUCGCUCCUGUUCUGCUGAUCUGGGUUGAUGGGAGAGUUUCUCAGCUUGAUGGAUCCCUUUGUUUCCCGCGCACCGAGCGUCGCGGGGGGGAAACAGACACCAUGGCUCCAUCAACCCUGUUAGGUGGCACUGAAGCCUCUGUCGGAGUAUCGAUCUCACCUCCUAGUAGUAAAUACGUCAUGUUUGUAGAACAUACAAUAUAGGUGCUUCCUGUCGACUGCGCGCUCCAAUACGCAUUUACUACGACCGUACGAGGGUGCUGGUCUCACUGGUACGCGGUAUGGGCUUGCAUACAGCUUGACCAGCUUGAAGCAUCGUUCCGACCUCUGAUUCGGCUCGCGUCAAAGUAGCUGUACAUAGCCCCUUAACUCGUACAAAGGAAACAUACCUUCACAAAAUUGACAGGCGGCUGUUACACCCACCUUGAGAUUCACUGAACCGGGACAAAUGGCGGAGCGCGGGGACGGCGAGGUGAGGGCCGCGAAGCGGAUCCGACGGCCGGCGCUCCUUCCGGGCUUCAUCCCGUGGAGCGCGCUCGAACUGGGCCCCCGCAAGAAGCAGGUAACCGUUGAGGCGCCUCACAAGUCGCUCGACGUCUCAACGGGUUCGGGUCCACAGCGGAAGCAGCACAGCCAGCCACCGCGACCCCCCACUUCUUCAAAAACUUUUCUUCAGGGAAGUUCCCUGAAGGACACUGGAGCGACGCUCCCGGAUGCCACUCGCGCCGCAGCCGUCAGUGACAGCGCCGCGGCGGACCCAGCGGCGCCGCGAUUAAGGACCGAAGGAAACGGCAAAGCGCGCAGUUCUGACACGAGAAACCUGAAGGCCCCCCCGGGACCGGCGGUUUUGACCCCUGGCGAGCCGAACGGAUUGACGGAGGAUGAAAGGAAGACUGUUCUUGCCGUCCCCACUCGGAGUGGGGAGCACCGGAGCGGUGACAUACUACUAUCGGGCGACACUAGGUCUGAUCACGGCGACGACGGCUCGAAAUUCUCUGCGAAGAGAGGCGUCCCAGAAGGAGCGAUAAGAGACACGCGGAAGAAGCGGAAGCAGCCGAAAGUGAAGAGUAUUGGGGAGGUGUCUACGGAUCGCGACCAGCAGAAGGAGGCGUUUCCCCAAGUUCGGGAGAGCGGCGGGGCUAGCACCGACAGGUCGUCGCGGCUGUCGAAGCGGCGCGACAUCGUGACGACGUCGAGCGUAGUUGAGGCGUCAGGGAGAUCCGGCGACCGACACACGACCGCGCGACCGUCGAUCCUCGCGCCGUCUCGUUUUAAGGCGGACUCGUUACUAUCGGGGGAGUCGAGCAGAAGCCACGCGCGCAAGCUUAAGCGGACUGCGAGCGAGAGUAACGAGGGGAGCGGUAGGCCUUCCUUUGAGUUCGACCAGCAAACCCCCGUUUUUAGCACCAGCUUAUCGCAGGAAAACAGAAGCGCUGCUCGCUCGCUAAAAGCUGAUGACGGUUUGGAGGGACCUGGGUGGCGUCGCUUGUGGGUUGCAAAAUCGAAGGGUAAACUUCAAGCGGGCGUGAAUUUACCGAGCGGGGAACACAGAGGCGAAGCAGAGGACAGUUUGCUGACGGAUGACUGCAACAAGGGUGACUGUAGCGAGGGAAGAAGUGAUGGGGCUUCCUCGGAUGGAUGGGAUGACAUAUGCUCUACAGUGAGCCAAAGGAGAUGUGCUACAGUGAAGUGUGAAGAGGAAGACAUAAAAGAAAUGGCUACAAUAAAGUUCCUUCCACAAACUGUAGUUUGGGCCAAGGUGGAUGAUGGCAAAGGCUGGUGGCCUGCAGUGGUGGAGGAUUGGAUGGAUGUGCCUAUAACGAUUCGCCUACUACAAGAGCACGAGAGUGAUCACGUGGUGCGGCUACUCUUGCGAGAUGCAGGGGAGACAAAGCACCUAUGCAAGAAACCACAGUUUCUUAAGGACUUCCUAUCCAAUCUGAAUCACUUAAGAGGGCAGAGUGAGCGAGCAGCGUUCCAGGACGCCAUAGAGAAGGGGCUUCGGCUUGCUAAGGACGAGCAGAAGAGGCUCCGGAAGCUGCAGGCUGCAGCAGCGCAACUGCCGAACCUAAGGUCUAGGCCUGGGCCUCUGGACGGCAACAGGACUUCCGAAGCUGCAAGCAGCAACGAAGUGGCCGAAGCAGGAGCAGGGGGUGCUGUGACUAGUGAAGUCAUGGCGCCUCAUGUUUCUCUCGAGUCGACUCGGAAGGUAUCUAGUCAGAAGCCUGCUGAAGUGAAUGCACCUGGAGGGAAUGCUAGGAAGAAAGCCAAACCCGGCCCACAAGAAAAGAGGGAGCAGCCCAAGGCUGUGUUAGCUUCCGCUGCUGCUGCUACUAGUGCUGCUGCUUCUGCUGCUCCUUCUGCUGCUCCUGGUGCUACUGCUACAGCGGCGAAUCACCUGUUGCCACGUACCCCUCCAUUAAAACAGAAGCUGCGGAAGAUGAAAGGGGGAGAAAACAGCCAGGAGGAACGAUGCAGGGACCAAUCAGGAGGUGCCAGCUGUCCGCCUAGUGGGCUGCCACGUAGAGUGACAAGAGGCAGCCCAGCUGGGAAGCAGAGUGAACAGCAACGGAGGAUGACUAGGGCGGGGAGUAAGGAGGAUGCAGGGAGAAAGGAGGAUGCAGGGAGAAAGGAGGGGAGGGAAGAGGGGAGAGAGGAGGGGAGAGAGGAGGGGAGUGGGGAGGAGAGGGGGGAGUUGAAAGGGGAGAAAAAGGGGGAGGGGAAGGGGGAGGGGAAGGGGGAGGGGAAGGGGGAGGGGAAGGGGGAGGGGAAGGUGAGGAAGGUGUCAGGAAAACCUAGCACGGAGUUAGGCAGACUUAGCCCUAACAGACGGUUGGAUGUGGAUAGGUGGUUGGACGCGAAGGAUUUGGCACAGGCAACUUUUGAGUCGACUCAAAAGCUUAGCCCUAACAGACGGUUGGAUGUGAAUAGGUGUCUGGACGCGAAGUAUUUGGCACAGACAAGGACAAGAUGCAGCACGGCCGGGGAGCGGGGCGGGGAGCGAAGAGGAGAGAGAGGAGGGGAGAGAGGAGGGGAGAGGAGAGGGGAGAGAGGAGGGGAGAGAGGGGAGGAGAGAGGAGGGGACCGAGGAGGGGAGAGAGGAGGGGAGAGGGGAGGGGAGAGGAGAGGGGAGGGAGCUCAGCAUGAGCAGCAGAAACGGGAUGGGGUUAUGGGUGGAGAUGAGGAUGUUCCUGUGACUAUAACGAAGCGUGACUUAAGGGAAACGACUAAGCUGCAGCACCAGUUGUGUGACGAGAGGAAUGGGCCGGAACGUGGGCGUCAUGGUGAGGUGGGGUGCGGUGCGGUGGAGAGCGGUGCAGUGAAGCAUGGUGCGAAAGCAGCAGCAGGAACAGCAGUGGCAGCAGCAGCAGGGGAAGGAGCAGCAGCAGCAGCAGCAGCAGCACUGGCGUUUCAAAAGGCGUGUGAGCGCGCAGCCCUCAUGGGCGUACGGGCACCAACAGCCCCCCCUACAUCUAUAUCCCCUCUCACAUCCACGCCCACAUCCACAUGUCGGGGGGCCAAAGCCGCAUGGAGGGGCGAGCUGUGGCGCGAGGAGUGGAAUGUGGAGGAGGUUGAGACGGGGGGUGGUGAGGGAGGGAGGGAGGCGGAGGAGGAUGGGGAGGAGAGUGAUGAGGCGAUGGAUGGGUAUGGGGAUAGCUGCAAGCGGUGCCACGAGGUUGGGUUCAUGCUCUGCUGUGACGGCACGGGGUGCAACGCCACAUACCACCUGCACUGCUUGGACCCUCCCCUGGACGACGUGCCACCCGGCCACUGGUUCUGCCCUGACUGCACGCAGAAGAGAUUCUCCCUGGGGGCGCAUGCGGUGCUCAAGAGAAUUGUGGAGUCUAUUUGGGAUGUCCGGGCAGCUUCACCUGCUUUUUCUGCCCGGGAUUUGACCACCGCUGCUGCUGCUGCCGCUGCUGCUGCUGCUGCUGCCAGUGCGACAGCCGCUGCUGCUGCAGCUGCGGCCUCCCUGCCGCACUUUACCUUUUCUGUCACCUCAGCUGCGCCUGGUGCUGCUGCUCGUGCUGCUGCAUCCGCUGAUGUUGCUGGGUCAUCUGGUGCUGCUGCUGCUGCUGCUGCUGCUGCUGCAGGAGCAGCAGCUGCGCCUGGCGGGCUUGAUGAGUCUGAAAGGCCUGGCGGUGAGUCCAGUGCGGCUGUGAGCGACAGUGAGAGUAGCGAGGAGGAGGAUGAGAUUCCGAGCAUGGCGGUGUGGGUCGAGGAGGGGGAGGAAGAGGAGGGGGGGAGGGGUAACGAGGUUGGGCGAACCGAGGGGGGAGGGACGGAAGGGCAAGGGAGCGAGGGGGAAGGCCGCGAGGGAGGAGGAAACAUGGGGAAAGUAGAGCAGGUGUUGGUUUCUUCGAGCGCUGCAGCAGGAAGGCAAGCAGACGCGUCUAGACUAGGAGAGCACAGCACUGCGAGGCAGAUGCGAGGAGGGGGAGGAAGAGGAGGAGGAAGAGGAGGGACAGGAGGAGGAAGAGGAAGAUGGGGGAGGGGAGGGAGGGAGCAUGUUUUGAGGCGCCUCAAAAGUCCUCAAAAGUCAUUUGAGGCGCCUCAAAAAGGGGGGGGAGGGAGGGAGCAUGUGGAAAUGCGGGCAGAUGGAACUGACCAUGAUAAAGGGCACCAGGGGGGGAUUGGAAAAGGGAGGGAUGGUGCAAACGGUGUGAAACGGAGAGGGAAGAAUGCGGUUGGAAGGGUGGCGCGAGAUGAAGGAAGGAGAGGAGUGGAUGCAGCAGAAAAGAUAGAGUUGAAUGGGUUGGCAGGGGCAGGGGUAGCAGGAGCGGAAGGGAAAGGGGCUGUCGAAACAGGAGCUGGUGUUCUUGGUGGUGGCAGUGGUACCAGUGUUGGCAGCGGGCCUGCUAAGUGCGAGUACUUUGUUAAGUGGCGGGGGUUGUCCCACGCGCACAACAGCUGGGUGGACGAGGAGUGGCUCGGCAGCAACGCUCCCAGGGAGCUCGCAGUGUUUAAAGCCCGGGCAGCCACAGUGGAGUGCUCUCCCACAUGGAGCCCCCAGUGGUCCCAGCCAAGAAAGCUCAUAGCCAAGCGAGUCACCAGACCCCCUGUACGGCCGGGCGCGGGCAGGGGCAGAGGCAGGGGGUAUCGGCCUGACUGGGGGGUGGAGUUUUUUGUCCUGUGGCGGGGCCUGGGCAAUGAACAGUGCACGUGGGAGCCAGCCAAUGGGAGCGUGCUGCAGGGGAGUGCGGGGCGGGGGCUGGUGGCGCGGUAUUGGGAGAGGGAGCAGGGGGGAGGGGGAGUGGGGGAGGGGGGAGAAGGGGGGAGGGGAGCAGAGUGGGGCGCGGCACUGGAACAGGGUGCCCUGUGCGCCGUACCUGACCACUCUGCACCGCACUGGAUCGCACUGCCUGACGCCCCCCUUCAGCAGCAGCUGGGGAAUCUGAACGCCCUGAGAGGAAGGUGGAAGGCGUGUGGGCCGCUGGGGGGUGAGAGCGGGAUGGGGGCGAGAGGGAGGAGGAAGGGCAGCAGGCAGCAAGUGGGACGCGAUGUGCUUCUAGGAAGCAGUUAUGAGGCGAAUCAGCUUGUAGUGGCUGCUUUCUUCGCGACGCACUCACGUGACUUCCACUCCCAGCAAUCCGCCCACCUGCCCUCCCCCUCUCCACAUCUCACCACUGCUACAACCGCAAAUGCCACAGCUGCCACAGAUGCUGCAAGCAUGGAAGCCGCUCCAGCCGCUACAGCUGCUACAGCCGGGCGCAUGAGACCCAGCCUGCUGGUGGUGCCGGGCUCGGCUGUAGCGGCGUGGGAGGGGCUGCUAGAGCAGAGGGUGCCUGGGCUGAGUGUGACUGUAUUGAGGGGCAGCGAGGCCACCAGGGAGGUGAUUAAGCGAUGGGAGCUUAAAAAGGAAGCGGAGAGAGGGGGAGGGUUGCUAGGAGUUAGAGGAGGAAUGGGCGAUGGUGGAAGGGGGGGUGGAGGUGGGGGUGAGGGGAAUGGGAUGGGAGAAGGGGAGGAGGGACGUGUGGGGAAGAUGCGGAUAAAGACUGAUCUUGUCAUCACCACGCCUGUUGUCUUCUCCAUGGAGCAGUCGUACCUGCAAGAAGUAGCGUGGGGCGCCAUUGUCGCCGACAGCAGCACGCCCCUGUGGAGCGCUCACGAGACCCAGGCGGCGCGGUCCAUGGAGUGGCCGCUCUCGCUCUUCUCCCUGCACGCCUGCCUGCGCAUCCUACUCUCCCCACUCUUGCUCGAGGCGCGCAAAUGGGAUGCUGGGGAUGUCAUUCUCAUGACAGCGGCCUGAUUUUCUUGUCCAUUCCAGCUUUGUGAAUACACUACACCUGGCCCUACUGUAUAUGCAACAUCGUGGCGAGUCUGAUGGGGUCCCUGACUCCCUGGUCUGGGCACUAAUGUCUUUAGGCUGUGAAAUUGGCAUUGGAAGUGGGUACUCUCCCUAGGCUCCGUUUGUAAUCAGGAACACUUACUGGGUGGGUGGGGUAGAGGCCACUGGCCUAUUGGUGGUGGUGAUGGCUAUCCUUUUUUAUCUGGUGUACCAUGCCCUCUUAUUCUAGUCUAGAGGCAUGAAUUACAAGGCAUUUCCUGUAUCUACCAUAUUCUCUAGGAUCCCAACACAAAUACUUGGAAAGGGCCCAUCAGUUUAUAUGGAUCUUACAGAUGCUA